AAAGUGAGAUCUGGAACCAAUCAAAUAGGCGAUAGCCGAUAGGGAGUUGAUCAAGAGAAGAGUGGCCAUUAAUGGAGGUGGAGAGAAUAUCCAAAGCUCUUAUCAAACCCUCUUCUCCAACACCCAAUCACCUCAAAAACCAUAAAAUCUCAUUCCUGGAUCAGUUUGGCCCUCCCGGAUUUGCUCCUGUAGUCGUCUUCUAUUCUGCCAACCAAGAAUUCAGUACUAUUGUCGACUGUGCCAAUGGUGUAGCUUCAAAUGCCAUAUCCAAGAGAUCGCAAGCGUUGAAACAAUCUCUGUCAGAGGCAUUAGCUCGUUAUUAUAUCCUCGCUGGUAAAGUUAAUGAUGAUCUUUCUAUUGAUUGUAACGAUGAGGGUGUUCCUUACAUUGAGGCCAGAGCGAAUUGUCGUCUAGAUGAUUAUCUCAGCCAAAUUGAUGUAUCAACGCUCCUCAAAUUUCUUCCUGAAGGGGUUCCAAAGCUUGUAAUUCCAGGGUGUGAGCUUGUUUUGGUACAGGAAACUGUGUUUGAUUGUGGUGGUAUUGCGUUGGGAUUUCUUCUUUCGCACACCAUUUUUGAUGCAGCUACCAUUAGUACAUUUCUUAGAACUUGGUCUGCAUUGGCUCGAAGGUCGAUUGAAGAAGCUUUUACCCCUAAUUUCAUUGCAUCCUCUAUCUUUCCUUCAAAUAAUUCAUUCCCAGAAGAUGCAAACGGUUUUGCUUUGGUAGGUAUGCUCUUUAAAACGGGCAAGUUUGCUACUAGAAGAUUUAUAUUUGAUGGGUCGGCCAUAGCCAAUCUUAAAAAGCAAGCAACAAGCUCGGCUGUGCAGAACCCUUCACGUGUAGAGGUCGUGUCUUCUCUCAUCAUUAAACGAUGCAUGGAUGCAUUGAAGGACAUAUCAGGAACCCAGAAAUCAAUUUUGAGGACUUAUCCAGUGAACUUGCGGCGAAAGGCUACACCACCAUUACCAGAAACCUGUGUGGGUAAUUUACUUCUGUUGGCGACCUCAUUGUCGAAAGGAGAAGAAGAGCUGGAUGAUUUGGUAUGCCAGAUGAGGGAAGCCACAUCGACAAUCGAUGAUGAUCUUCUGAACAGCCUUCAAGGAGAUGGAGGAUUGUCGAAAUUUCUUGAUUUGAUACAAGAGCUUCGUGAAUUAUUUUCCGAAUCUAUCUCCAGUGGAGCAGAACAUAUUGGGAUCAACAGCUGGUGCAACUUUGGUUUCUACAAUGUUGAUUUUGGGUGGGGAAAGCCCUUGUGGUUUCCAGUUUCUGGUUUAUCAGUCAAGAAUUAUAUAUUUCUGAUGGAUACAAGACACGGAAAUGGAGUUGAAGCGUGGGUGUCGCUGGAUGAAGAAGUCAUGGCAGUCCUUGAACAAGACAAGGAGCUCCUCUCUCUAGCCUCCAUGGAUCCUAAUCCUGCUGUAAUAGCCAAACCUUGACCAUUGAUCAAUGCCUUCCCUUUGUUGUUGUUUCUAAUUUCUUUUUCCAGUUCUCCUUUAGAUACUCUGUUCAAUGCCUUGUGUUGUUGCCUGUUAAGAGACAUUUUAGUUCUCAAGUGUUUGUAUUUACUUAAGAAAUGCAUUUCACAAUCCAAUAUUGGUCUUUUA